AUGGCCGAAGCGGGAAUGGGUAAAAAGGCUUUACCCAUUCUAACGAUCAAUGAGGGAGGCAAUAAGGGGCAUCACCCUGACUCCAAGACAAAUGUUGCCAAGGGAAAGGGACACGUCAAAGGGAAGGGAAAAAGAAAGGCAAAAAUAGAACCACCAAAACCAAAAGAGAAGAAGGCAAAGGUUGCCACGAGCGAUCCAUGCUUUGAGUGUGGAGAGAUAGGGCAUGGGAAAAGGAAUUGUCCAACCUAUCUCAAGGAGUUGAAAACCAAGAGGGAUGCAGGGCAAACCUCAGAGGAAGUUGUGAUCAAGGACAUGAGUUCCGAUGACAAGAAGAAGUAUAAGAAUGAGAAAAUGAUGUUAAGCCUGUUACAACAAGCUGUGAAGGAAGAUAUUAUGGUAUUGCUCCAACACAACGGGAGUUCAUACUCAAUUUGGAAAGCGUUACGUUCAAAGUUUGUUGGUAGUCAGGAGAUGGUGAAAAAUAAGAAGUCACUUUUGAAAAAGGAGUUUGAUUUGUUUAGAGGAUUGAAAAACGAGACUUAUACUACUUUUGUUGCCAAAAUUGAAGAUGAAAGUGAUGAUGAUAUUGAGUAUUAUGCCAGACAAAUGGAGAAACAUCUGAAGAUGAUGGUAGAAAGUGACAGUGAGGAUGAGAAGACAAAGAAGAAAAAGAAAAAGACAGUUUUAAAGGGGCUUUAUUCCAUUGCAAGGAAGCUAAAUGAAAGCCCCCCUCUGUAUGAGGUGGUUGUUAUCAAUUUUUUUGCUGUGUGUUGA